AUGGCAGGGAAAGAGGAUACAACACCUGGGAUUACUGGGUCUGAGGAGAUAAUUAACUGUACUACAUGCUCUGAAGCAGAGAGGACAACUGUGGCCAUCAAAUAUUGUGUGGACUGUACAACAUAUGUUUGUCAGGACUGUUUAAAUGACCACAACAAGUUUGCAGCAUUACGUAAACAUCAAAUUGUGGAGAUCACUGAAGCUAAUGAGCUUCUAGGUGACACGGAUCAAGUCCAGGGAAAAAGAUCAGUGGAAUGUAGAAGCCAUGAUGGACAUUUCGUUGACAGAUAUUGCAAAGACCAUGAUGAAGUGUGCUGUAGUCUUUGUGUGACAGUUAAACACAGGUCAUGUAAGGACAUAAACAAGAUAGAAACAGUUGCAGAGGGAAUAAAAGAAAGUCAAGAAUUUUGCGAAUUAAAAUCUUCCUUGGAAAAGUUCAUUAUGUCUGCAAAUCAGGAAAAAGCAUAUCGAAAUUACUACUUAAAAGAUAUGACAGAGGAAAAAGAAAAAAAAUUGACUGAUAUUGAUAAAUAUGAAGAGAGGCUAAUACAAAGGAUAAAAGUUUUAGCAAACACAUCUAGAGAAAAUAUCCAAGAAGCUAAUGCAAAUCAUCAAGAUGCAGUCAAGGCUGAUAUCAAAGAACUUGACUCAGUUAUGUCAGAAGUGACAAAAAGAUUAAAUCACUUUAACAGAGCCGGCUUUAAUGGAGUUGAGGCCUUCAUAACAAUAAAGAAUUGCCAGAUAUUUUCAAAAGAGGCGCAGAAAGUUAAGACAGAUCUUUCUAACAAAUGGCUGCAGACAUCCCUUUUAUACACGUUCAUUGAUGAUGAUGUCUUACCUAAAGAAAUCACAGCAUUUUUGGAAGUUGCUGUGGAAACAAAGGCCUGUCCUGUUUUUCAUUUACAAGUCAAACAAUCUGUUGAUAUUACAUGCCAAACUGACAGUAACAAGUGCAGUAUAAAUGGAAUAUGUCAACUGCCUGACAAUACUGUGUUAAUCACAGAUGCCUAUAAUGGCAAGCUUAAACGACUGGGAGAUAAUUUGGAGGUGAAAGAUUAUAUUGAUUUAAAUGAUACUCCAGAAUGUAUGUGUGUGACACAGUCAUGUGAGGUUGCCAUUGUACUAAGGGAAAGAAACCUGGUUCAGUUUGUAACCAUUGAUGAAAACAUGACUUUAGAGACAUCAUUUCCUAUAACAGAAGGAAAAUGCACAAGUAUUGAUUCUGACCCAACAGAUAAUAAACUGUAUGUUUGUUGUAUGGUUGAAUGUAAAAGGCCUAUAUAUAAUACAACCUAUGGUUACUAUUCACACAAAUAUCAUGUUAUUGUUUACAAUAAAAAAGGGGAAUGUUUAUCAAUAUUUAACAAUGAGGAAGAUACGAGUCAAAACAUUUUUGAGCCAUUGAAGAUACUUAUCAGUGUAGAUACUUUUGAUUUAAUUGAUGCAGAUGCUAGCAUUUAUGAAUUUAGUAAGACAGAUAUGAAAGGAAAACCAUCUUAUAAAUACUAUGUCUAUAAUAGAGCAAUGUAUAAGUAUCUAUGUAUGCUGUCUGCAGAGAAGAUUAUGUUUGUAAACAAGAAUGGAGAAAUGUUUCUAAAAAUAGUACAUGGGAGACAAGAUCAAAGACUAAGAAUAGAAGAUCCUCUACCUGUGCAAGCUGUACUUUUCAACAAGCAGAAAUCUACACUAAUUGUAGUAGGAGAGUCAAGUCAAAUCAAAGAAUACAAAAUGGACUCAAAGAUACUGUAUCUUUUCAAAGAAUAA